AUGGAUGAGGGUGGACCUUCAGUGAGGAGAUGGGAGGACUUGGACACAGAUAUUUUGGUGAAGAUAUUCCAGUCGUUUGAUAUCUUUGAAUUAACUUCAGGGAUCGGUCACGUUUGCAGCUCUUGGCGUAUGGCCUGUGCUGAUCCUCUUCUUUGGAAAACGCUUGACCUUUCGAUUAUGAAAUCCAAUUUCAUAAAGAUUCCUUUGGAGCCAUACGUGUAUGUGGAUGGUCGUUCGGAUAAGACUUUGACACGUCUGCUGAAGAUAUCAUUGAGUCUCAGCAAAGGAAGCAUUUCUUCGUUGAUCUUCCAUUUCAAUUUGUACGUCAGUGAUGAGCAGUUGACCUACACUGCUGAAAGGUGCCCACAUCUCAGAAGACUUGUCUUGCCAGCAUGGAACAGAAUAAAAAAGACUGGUAUAUGCAGGGCCAUCCGCUCAUGGAAAGAUCUCGAAUCCCUCACAAUGCCUAGCAUAGCAAAUCCUCCUUAUCUCAUCGAGGAAAUUGCCAAUAACUGCGCAAACUUCUGCGAGCUCAAAAUCAUGGGCCCUUUCGACAUCUUCUUCGCUACAACAUUGGUAACACAUCUCUCAAGAAUAAAGGUUCUAAGCCUCCGGUGUUCCAUGCUACUCAAGGACGCCCUGAUCAUAAUAUUGGAUGGCCUUCAGAGCCUCGAAGUGCUCAACAUUUCUCACUGUCUCUUGAUAGAGAUCCCACCACCUCCUGAGCCCAGAAGAGUGAUGAAGGAGCUCGAUGAUACUAUUCGUCAGAAGGCCUCCCGGCUCGGCCAGUUCUUGACUUGCAUGGAGGAGUCGUGUGUCAUGUGCCAGAGAACAAAAGCUGAUGAAGGGCUCAUGAGGUGGUAUAGGUACGAGGAAGGGUUGUGGAAGGCAGACGAGGUAACCUCUCUCUCACUAUAUUAG